AGAGUCAAAAUGUCGGAACAAGAACAGAACAAAAAAUUAGGAGAAUUAACAGCAGAAGAGAUGCGAGCGAGAAGACUACGCACUUUGGCCAAAUCAACAAAUAGUGCCACAUCUGCUGGUGCCGCAGAAAGUGGCAGCAAUGUCGCCAACGUACCUCUUCCCUCCACCAACAAAACUGAAGUGUGUGGUGGCCAACGUCCAGCCACCAACGUUUCAAAUUCAUCCCGCUUGGUGAAAGCUGCAAAUCAAUCUGGUUCACCCACAACUGUUGGCAAUCAAGACAGCAUUGUAUUGCCCCUAGACCAAGGAGAACAAAAAAUGGAUGUUGAUGUGGAAAUGAAAUCGGUCAACACAACGCCAAUAAAGUCACAAACAACGCUAUUUAACCCUGCGGUUGGUGCCACCGAGGAAGACCUUUCGGCAUCGAACAAAGUGAAAUGCAGUCUGGCCCUGAAAGAUCCAGACUCUGGCAUUGAGAAUAUGGAAACUAUAGAACAAAUGUCACCGGCUGAGACCCCACAAAAAGACCAGACUACAAAUAAUCCCCUGGAUGGUGUUCAGAAGAGCUCAAAAUCCGCAGAGGAACGCUUGGAGGUUAUGCUCUCCAAGAUAAUGAAUGCUACAUGGAAUGAAUAUUGCACGGGAUCCAUGAUUUGUCCACAGACAGCCAGUUUCCUUGAAAAACAUCCAGAACUAAGAUUCAAUUUCGAUUGGUUAAUAUGCAACGUGUUGAUGGAGAGCGUUUUAAGAUUAUACAACGACGAAGAGUUCAUCGAAGAUGGUGCCAGUGGUGGCGGAGAUGCAAACAAUGACGAGGAGAUGAAAACUGAUAUCGGUGCCAAAGGAGGCAUGGACACAACUCUGAAAAAAGACAGCACUCCCACAUAUUCCACGCCGAAAAAGAUCAAAAGCGACGAUUCGGAAGUGCAAGAAAUUUUGGCAAACGUAAUCGAUGACCAGCCCUCGACAUCAAGGGGUUUACAAAGUGGUAUUAAUAGUUCCGAGUUGAUUGGCACUUGCCCAACACCAUCAUCCAAUAUCUUUACACCAAUGACAUUGGCCAAGCAUAAGGUUUUGUUACAUUUGAUACAAUGCCACAAGAACCAUCGUCACAUCAAUGACCGGUUUAUCGCCAAUCUGGCACAAGAACAGCCUGGAGACGCCGAGCGGAUUCAACGCUCCUUAAAAACGGUACACCAGCAAAUAUUUCGCAUGACAAUCUUAGUGCUUACCGACCGUAUUCACGAUAACCUCAACUAUGCCUUGGAUCAAUCGACUCUGCUGGAGCUCUACUACCAGUUGCGUGUGCCAGAGGAAUUCAUAUUUGAUCUUGUGGCCGAGUCGUACGAAAGAAAAGAAGACUUUGAAUUCAUCUUUAGCCAAAUGUUGAGGGACUUGUUCAUGGGUAUGCAACGUAACAUAUGUUCCCCUACCAUCAUUACCCAUCACAUGGACCUGCUGUCCAAGUUGAUGUCUGUCAAAAUUGGCACCAUCAGACCAUUGUGCGAUUUGCUGGCUAGUCAAACGAACUUCUUGCCUCCACUGUGUACCCAUAUACCGGGUAGGGAAAUAGUCAAGUGUAGUUAUUUGGGGCCAUUUUUGUCGGUAUCCUUUUUUGCUGAAGAAAAUGUUCGUUUUGCCGAAGCUCAUGGCAAUGUCGACACAUUGUCCCUUAAUUCGGGAAAAUUCCAAUGGCAAUUGUUUACAAUGCGUCAACUUAUGUAUUCAGUUUUCCAUUCCCUACUUGUCAAUGUCAAUACUCGGCCCAAGACUUUGGAUUAUAUAUCCCAAAUAUUGCGCCACAAUGAACGGCGUGUCCAAUUUGCCAGCGAUGAGAAGUUAUUGGCACGCGACGGCUUUGCCAUCAACUUAAUGUGUGUUUUACAACAACUCUCAGUUAAAAUUAAGCUAGAUCGUAUCGAUCCGCAGUAUCCAUUUUAUAAGAAUUCAUUAAUCUAUAUCGAACAAGAUACAAAAUUACGCUUCACCGAAGAAGAAUAUAAACAGUUCCUGGAUCAACAUUUUACUGCCACCAAUACGGAGACGACGCCACAGCCCAAUUUCCAAACUCAAUGUUGGUUCUUAACACUGCAGGCUCAUCACUUGGGCUUUAUGCCAGCCAUACAGAGGUACCGACAAAAGUGCAGGGCCAUCAAGGAACUGCAGAAGCUGAUCGAAGAAAUAGACCGCACCACGUCCCACUGGGAAGCCACACCGUUUGCUUCGCGUAACAAACAGUUUAGGGAUCGUUGGCAAAAGCAACUGAAGAAAUUAAUGCGCUCGAAAAUGUGCAGUGAGGUGUGUCUGUUGGACCCCAAGCUGCUGAAUUCAUGCCUGUUCUUCUACUCCACUGUGUGCGAGUACCUUCUGUACCAAAUGGAGGGACGUCCAAUUGAAGGGCCAUUCAUGUCAAAAAUACCUCCACAACAAUUGAAACCGACUGAUGCAUUCUCCGCACUGCCCGAAUGGUAUAUCGACGAUAUAGCCGAAUUCAUUUUGUUCGCUAUGCAGCACGCCCAAAAUGAUAUACGCAACGCUAUAGAUCAUUCGAUCAUAACAUGGUUGCUGACCAGUGUCUGUGCACCUCACAUGAUUAAAAAUCCAUAUGUCACUGCCAAACUGGUCGAAGUUUUGUUUGUCUUCUCCUUGGGUCCGGCAAAUAUUUUAAAUAUAUCGAUAUGGAAUCACGAGUUGGCACAAACAGUUCUCUGCAGUUCACUGAUGAAAUUCUAUGUAGACAUUGAGACGACGGGCCAAAGUACAGAGUUCUAUGACAAAUUCACAAUAAGAUACCACAUAAGUCAUUUAUUCAAGUCGAUGUGGGAGAGUCCUGUCCAUCGUCAGGUCAUGAUCAAUGAAUCGAACAAUGGCAAGCAGUUUGUUAAGUUUAUCAAUAUGCUUAUGAAUGAUACCACAUUCCUGUUGGAUGAAUGUUUGGAAAAUCUCAAACGUAUACAUCAGACACAGAUUAUGAUGGCAAAUGAUUCGGCUUGGUCAAGUCUGGGCUCAGAACAGCAACAAGCCCGUCUUUCACAGUUGGCAACGGACGAACGACAAUGUCGUUCCUAUUUAACAUUGGCCAGAGAAACCGUUGAAAUGUUCCACUAUCUGACUGAUGAUAUCAAAGAACCAUUUAUGCGUGACGAACUAGUUGAUCGUCUAAGCUCAAUGUUAAACUUUAAUUUACACCAACUUUGCGGUCCUAAAUGUAACGACUUGAAAGUACGCAAUCCCGCCAAAUAUGGCUGGGAACCCAGGCGUCUUUUGGGACAGAUUUUCGAUAUAUAUUUGCAUCUUGACUGUGAUAGAUUUGCCCAAGCCUUGGCAGCUGAUGAACGAUCGUUCCAGAAACAUUUAUUUGAUGAUGCUGCCAAUCGUAUUGAGCGUCUGAGUAUACGUUCAGCCAUAGAAGUCGAGAAAUUUAGAGCCUUGAUAUCCAAAGCGCAUGAUAUAUAUGUUGCAAAUCAACAGUCUGAAGAUGAAUGUGCUGAUGCUCCCGAUGAGUUUAAGGAUCCUCUUAUGGACACACUUAUGUCAGACCCGGUCGUUCUGCCAUCUGGUACAAUUAUGGACCGUGCAAUUAUAACGCGCCACUUGUUGAACAGCAACACAGACCCCUUCAAUCGCCAGCCAUUAACUGAAGACAUGCUGGUGCCGAACAUUGAAUUGAAAGAACGUAUCGAUGCCUGGCGCAAAGAACAACGCUACAAAAGGCAACAGCAGGGCAAUUUAGAUUUGAACGACAAGAGCUCCUAAAUGUUGGCUAAUCGUUU